UGUUAUCUGCAUUAUUGUACAUUUCUGUUACCCAAGUAACACUUCUAAAAUAUUAUUUUAUUUUCAUUUGCUUUAGCAUCUAAUGCUUAAAAUGGUAUUUCAAAUUUUACUUUUGCAUUUCGUUCGCAUAAAUUGCGUUACGCCUUGUAUUACCCUACAUUUGUCGCCACGUGAACAGGAAACUUCCUAUUAGGGUAUUAAAUUACUUCAUACUUCGAGACGAGAGCGAGCGGACCUUUAAGCUUUCGUUCGCUCCAUGUAAGAAGAAGAUACAAAAAUUGUUAGGAAGAGAUACAGGAUUUCGCACCAAUCAGAGGAUGAUAGUAUCUGUUGUGCAAUCUAUGCAACCUUCACAUUUCGAAGAAACAUAAGUGGUUCAAGGUUUAAUACAGUGUAGAAGUGUGUGCGUGCGUGGGUAAGGUAUAGUGACAUAAACACACACAGUUAAACGCUUGGAGAAGGCUGUAUUUAUGUCAUAACUGUUGCGUCGGCAAAUAACAAUGCAACAUAUGUACGUUCACUUGCUAAUACCAGCUAAUUCCAACAUGAAUAUGCAUUUAGACGACACACGAUGAAUAUUUUUAAAGCAAUCGAGCAUUUUCUUGCCGUACGAAGUCUACACUCGAAGAAAGUAACGAGUAAAGUCGUCAGACUGAGUGAAGUGUAAAAAGAAAACUUAAAUCCAUUUAAGUUGAUGUAAAAACUAUAUAUUACAUUAAACAUUACACUGACAUAAGAAUUAUGAUGUUACUAAGCUGAGUUGUGAGCAUCUUUCGAAACUAUACGAUAGUUAGUAGAUGAAUCAACAAGUAGCAAUGAUGAAAUGUUAUUGACACUGAUGACAACAAUAUUAAUAUAGAAUUUUGAAACACUAGAGUAUAAAUAUCAAUGGAUACUUUAACCUAAUUCUUUAGUAAUUGCCAGUAUUACUAGUAAUGGAAGAAAGAGAAAAAACUUUAGAAAAAAUACAAGAAGCAUUUUUUUUACUAACUGAAAGCUUUUUGGAGCAAGGUGCAUCUCUAUCAGAUCUUAAAUCUACUAGCAUAGAAAAUAAUGGAAAACAUACAAGAAGCUUCCUUUCACAUAUCUGCUCAAAAAAGUUUUUUCUUAUUUUAUUUGUGCCACUAUUCUGUAGUAUACUCUUUAAAUAUCUGUAUAUUGAUGCAAUGAGAAGCUUUCGUGGAACAAGGUGUUUAAUACCAAACAAUUAUCUCAUAUGGGAAUUUACAAGGCCAAUAUCUAAUUGCGAUUAUUGUUGUAAUAUUACUUCAGCAUUGAUCUUGCCAAAUUUAACCAGAGAAGAAUUUAAACAGUAUGCUUAUUCUUCUCAACCUAUGGUGAUAAAAAAUGCUGCAAGUCACUGGCCAGCCUCGAAGGUAUUUAGUUGGAAAUUCUUCAAAAAUUUGUAUGAAACUAUCGAUGGUGCUUAUGAUGCGGUAGAUGAAUGCCAAUUUUUGCAUUUCAAAAGUAAUUUCACUAAUUUACGCGAUGUUUUUGCGAUGAGCGAAGACAGAGCUAUGCAACAUAAUGGAACAGAGCCGUGGUAUGUUGGUUGGAAAAAUUGUCACCUUCAAAUUUUGGAUAUUAUGAGACAAUUUUACUAUCUACCUCAUUUUUUGCCAGAAGAUGCAGAAGUCCCUUAUACUAAUUAUGUUUUUCUGGGAUAUGAGGAAGGUGCCAUUAUGCAUCUGGACUACAUCUCGCGUCUCAUGUGGCAAGGACAAAUUAUAGGCAAUAAAACGUGGACCGUCGCUCCGACUCCAGAAUGCGAUCAUAUUUGUACACGUUUUAAUUUCACCGUUCACGCUGGAGACAUUGUACUUUUAGAUACAAGAAUUUGGUAUCAUGGCACUUAUGUUAUAGACGGAAAUAUCAGUUUAACAGUCACCUCUGAGUAUGGCUAGAUUUUUAUGUAUUGCAUAUGGAUACAUAGUUGUAUGAUUUAUACACUUUUACAGACUGCACAAAUAGCAUUCCAUGCAGUUGAAUAUUUUUAGAUAGUACGAUCGGAAAACACUGUCUUGCUUUCAGCAUUUAAGUAUUAAAUUACUCUCUUAAGAAAUUUGUUCCAAAUACGAUACAUAUUGGUGCCAUUUUUAGUGAAAGUUACAUAUUUACUGAUACUUACGAUAUAUCUAUACAAUAAUGAAUAUUGUAAUAUUUUACACUGCCUGUUUAACUGAAUUAUUGUGAACUAUCGAAUAGUAUAAAAUUUUUAAAUACACGCGAAUCAUCGUACGUGCCAUUUCUGCCACAGAGAAAAACUAGUCGAAAUAAUAAUGUAAUAUGAAACCAACUGCCUUUAAUGUAGCUGAUUAUUACGCAAUCGAAAAUUAUUUUUAUAUACACGUAUUUAAAUUUUGGAAGUACGCUAUUGUACCUCCAAUGAAAAAAUGCAUAUGUUUGAAUAUAUUUUGUCUAUUUAAAUUUUAUAUAAAUUUUAUGCGAUA